CCUACUUUUUCAUUCUUGAGUCACUUCUCACUUGAGGGAUGCAGAAAGCAGCAAGACAUGCAGGUCAUUUCCAGGCAAAGAAGGAAAUGACCUAUCGGGCCUGAACCCCAUGAGGCUGGCCAGGGGUCACAGCUGCGCUGCCUCUGAGUUAGGACAGCUUCCUGGCAGGGCUCUCAGCUCCCCGUGCCUUUGUUCACUGCCCUCCUCCUUCCCGGAGCAGCUGUCCUUCUCACAGCCCACCUCAAAGGGCAUCAGAUCCCUUUCGGUUCAACCGCCUCAUUUAGGACUGAGGAAAUGGACCCAAAAGCCUUCCCAGGCACACAGCACUUGCUCUCCAGGCACUGUCCCACCCCAGCCCUGCAAGCCCUCUUCCUCCCGGGCCAUCAGCAGGGGCCACAGGGAUGCUGGGUGCUAAGAUCAGCAGGCCCAGGAGCCAGUCUACAGACACCCUCAGCCAUCAUGGAGGACAGCCUGGCGCCACCAUCUCAGAGAAAAUGUUACUAGAGUUUAGAAACUUCCUGUGCUGUGCAGAAUCCAGCCCCUCCCUCCAGCCAGGGCAGGAGACGGCCAGGGUGGUGUCCUCCCACCCAGCACCCCGUGGGUCCCUCCCUCUCUCCAGAUGAGAGCCCUGGUUCUCCCACGCAGCACCCCUCUUACUCUGAACCUUCCCGGGAGCCGCAGACCCAGCCUUCCCUCCUGGGAAGAUGCAGGUACUCAUGAUGCUGCUGGCCACAGGGGCCACCUACUACCUGGGCCUGCUGGCAGCAGCUGCAGCAGCCGUCAACUCUGGCCAACCCGACACCCCUGGCUCGCUGCCCGCUCACCGGCGCCAGAAGAGAGACUGGAUCUGGAAUCAGAUGCACAUUGACGAAGAGAGAAAUGACUCGCUGCCCCAUUACGUGGGCAAGGUUAAAUCGAGUGUGAACCGCAAAAAUGCCGAGUACCAGCUCAGAGGAGAGUCUGCCGGCAAGAUCUUCCGCGUCGACGAGAACACAGGAGACGUGUAUGCCUUAGAGAGGCUGGACAGGGAGAAGGUCUCCGAGUACCACCUCACUGCCCUCGUGGUGGACAAGGGCACCAAGAUGAACCUGGAGGCUCCUUCCAGCUUCACCAUCAAAGUCCACGACGUCAACGAUAACUGGCCUGUGUUCACCCACCGGGUGUUCAAUGCCUCCGUGCCCGAGAUGUCAGGGAUAGGGACCUCGGUCAUCCAGGUGACUGCAGUGGAUGCAGAUGACCCCACGGUGGCAGACCACGCCUCUGUCGUGUACCAGCUCACGAAGGGAAAAGAAAACUUCGACAUCCGUGGUCCUGGACUCAUUGUCACCAUGAACAAAAACCUGGACCGAGAGAUGCAGGACAAGUACGAGGUUGUGGUGGAAGCAGAAGAUGCCCAGGGCCGCCGGGGGGAGUCAGGCACAGCCACCGUGUUCAUCACUCUGCAGGACGUCAACGACAACUUCCCCAUCUUCACCCAGACCAGGUACACGUUUUCUGUGCCAGAAGACAUCCGUGUGGGCAGCCCCCUGGGCUCUCUGUUUGUUGAGGACCCAGAUGAGCCCCAAAACCGGAAGACCAAGUACAGCUUCGUGCAGGGCGCGUACAGGGACACCUUCACCAUCGAGACGGACCCCACCCACAACGAGGGCAUCAUCAAGCCCAUAAAGCCCCUGGACUAUGAACGCAUCCGGCAAUACAGCUUCACCAUCGAGGCCACAGACCCCACCAUUGACCUCCGCUACCUGGGCAGCACCUCCCCCAAGAACAUUGCCCGUGUCAUUAUCAACGUCACAGACGUGGAUGAGCCCCCCAUCUUCCAGCAGCCUUUUUACCACUUCCAGCUGCAGGAGAACCAGAAGAAGCCUCUGAUUGGCUCAGUGCUGGCCAAGGACCCUGACGCUGCUCAACGGGACAUCAGGUACUCCAUCCGUAGGACCAGUGACAAGGGCCAGUUCUUCGGAAUAACCAAGAAAGGGGAUAUUUACAAUGACAAAGAACUGGACAGAGAAGUGCACCCUUGGUACAACCUGACAGUGGAAGCCAAAGAGGUGGAUCCUAGUGGGACUCCCACGGGCAAAGAAUCCAUCGUGCAGGUCCACAUUGAAGUUAUGGAUGAGAAUGACAACGCCCCAGAGUUUGCCAAGCCCUAUGAGCCCAAAGUGUGUGAGAAUGCCCCUCAGGGCAAGCUGGUCGUGCAAAUCUCGGCAAUAGACAAGGACAUAACACCACGAGAUGUGAAGUUCAAGUUCUCCCUGAGCACUGAGGACAGCAACUUCACCCUCAUUGAUAAUCACGAUAACACGGCCAACAUCAUAGUCAAGUACGGGUAUUUUGACCGGGAGCGUGCCAAGGUCCACCACCUGCCCGUGCUCAUCUCGGACAAUGGAAGGCCCAGCCUCACGGGCACCAGCAUGCUGCACGUGACCGUGUGCAAAUGCAACGAACAGGGCGAGUUCACCUUGUGUGAGGAGAUGGCCGCCCAGGCGGGCAUCAGCAUCCAGGCGCUGGUCGCUAUCUUCCUCUGCAUCCUCACCAUCACAGCAGUGAUCACCCUGCUCAUCAUUCUGCGGAGGCGGCUCCGGAAGCAGGCCCGCGCCCAUGGCAAGAGCGUGCCGGAGAUCCACGAGCAGCUGGUCACCUACGAUGAGGAGGGCGGCGGCGAGAUGGACACCACCAGCUACGACGUGUCGGUGCUCAACUCAGCGCGCCACAGCGGGGCCAAGCCCCCGCGCCCAGCGCUGGACGCGCGGCCGCCCCUCUACGCUCAGGUGCAGAAGCCACCGCGGCAAGCGCCCGGGGCACACGUGCCCGGGGAGAUGGCCACGAUGAUCGAGGUGAAGAAGGACGAGGCGGACCACGACGGCGGCGGCCCGCCCUACGACACGCUGCACAUCUACGGCUACGAGGGCGCCGAGUCCAUUGCCGAGUCCCUCAGCUCCCUAGGCACGGGCUCAUCGGACUCGGACAUUGACUACGACUUUCUCAACGACUGGGGACCCAGGUUCAAGAUGCUGGCCGAGCUGUACGGCUCGGACCCCCAGGAGGAGCUGGUGUAUUAGGGGGUCACGGGCCUCUGGGCCUGGGCCCCAGACCACUUGCGGCUGGGGCUAAUCGGACACGAGGCAUUGAGCCCUCCGAUUGUAGCACUCCUGUCCCAGCCUAACAGCCCUUCCUUGCGGGUCCCAGAGACUUCACCACCUUGGUUGGCAAAAUCCAAGUUCCUGAAGCGUCCAGGAACAUAUUUCAGCCAUGGCUACUCCCCAAAUGCUGGAAAAUCAAGGCUGGUAUGCUGUCUGGGUUGAGACAUCCAUAUAACCCUGUCACCUGAAAUCGCGGGGUCCAACUCAAAGACUCUCUGACUCUUCAAAGCAGCUUAUGCUCAGUUGCUGCAGGGGGUGGGGGGUGGGGGUGGGGUCUUUCCUUGAGGUCCCUGGGGAGGCCCUGGUGCCUGUCAGCCUGGAGGCAAAAGGCUGGACAGCAUGACCGUGGGGCAAGACUCUCUGUAGCCCUGACCUACCAGAGACUGGGACCACCCAUCACACUUGUCCCACCUCAGCCUCCUCACAUGCUCCCAAGUACCCCCGCAUUCCUCAGCCUCUCCCCAGGCCUGUCCAGAGAGAGGAAGGACCUCUUGACAUCUCCCAGCCUUGGGUCCUGAGGUGACCUCGCUGGCCCGCCGUGCCUGUAACUAUGCUGUACUGUGUAUUGAAAAUCCACCCAAGGUCAGGGAAGUGGCUCGUUGAACUCUGAAGCAACUGUGAAUUCUCCCUGGAGGAGCAGUGGAGACCAAGUGUGACAAGAGACCAUAGGGUGAGGGCCACCUGCACACCCACUCCCUCCGGAGGGGGCUGGGAGUCACUGUGACCCCAAUUUGAGACUCAUGACACCCCUCCAGUUUUGCCUGGGAAGCAGGGCAGGUGUUCCCAGAGCAAAGACUUCUCCCCGUCUCUCCUGGUCACUCGUUCAUGCUCUUUUUUUCUUCCUUUCCAUCUAUUCUUGAUCUUUUGGCUUAGUGGCACUUAGGAUGUGACCCAUGACUGCACAACAGAGCCGUGCCGUUUGUCUUCACACCUCACUGCUGCCACAUCUCAGGGAACCCCAGCAGGGCCCCCUCCCUGCAGAAGGCAAGGCCCCUGCUCAAAACCUGUGAUCACCUGUGUCUCUUCCACUUUCAGCCACAUAUGGAACUUUCCACCGCAAACACGUCUUGGGGAAGGGGCAUCACUCAACAGAAGGGGGGAGGAGGGGAAGGAGGCAAAUUCUCCAAUUCACCCUCUGUCAGGGACCAAGGCUCCUACUGUGGGCAAGGCCCCUCAAUUCAGGGGAUUGUAGAUAACACUGACUUUUAAUCUUUAACUGAUAACUAGUUUUUUAAUAUUUUUUAUACUAAUAAUACUUAACACAUUUCUAGCUCUCACAGACAUAUAGAAUAAGGGUAUUUGCAUAAUUAGUAGGUUGCUAUUGAGGUUAACAAUUUUAUUUGGGGUUUUUUAGUUGGAUCAAGAAAUUUCUGUAACCAUCUGUUUCCUAUCAUUGUAGUAAUUGAUCUAGUAAUAAUGACUAUAUAUAUAUAUAUGUGUAUAUAUAUAUAUAGGCUACACUGGUGCAUGGAACAUACUGUAUUUUUUUUAAUAACUAAAUAAAGAAAAGUCUUGAAAUACGUCUCUUUCUAGAGCUAAGUGAGCUCGUGAGAAAUAGAAGCACAUACACGCCGCCACCACCACCACCGUCAUCAGAGGAAUCCAGAGUGCAAGGUGACACUUGCUGUCAGGGUUUCAGACACACACUGCAGGAAAGUGACUGCAGCAGACAAUAACAAGGGACACCUCGUCCAUCCUGGUCUCCUCCCAGACGCCCACACCUUCCCUCAGCCUGCACAUGCCCCCCAGUCCUACCCUGACUCUACCCAACAGGCAGGGCCUCCGGCAGCUGAGCCGCCACACCUUUUCCAGGUGACAAAUGGACCAGGUGGGUGAGAUAAACCAGCAGUGAGGGAGGAAAUCAACCUCUAAUUAGCUGGCUAACAACAGUGACAGCAGCUGGCACUUCACUCGGGUGUGUGAACCCCAACACUGAGGUCCUGCCUGGAAAUAAAAAAUGAGAAUAGGAAGCCUCCCUGCCAGACUUAGGACUGGAAUUGGGGAGGCGAGAGAUGAAGCUCAGGCCCCUGGCUCCUCCACCCCUGCCAGCAGCGUUUCCUGGGCAGUGUGUCUCUCAGGGAUGGCAUUUUGAAAACUGUGCUCUGGAUAAACACUACUUCUUGGAGCUCUCAGGGGGUCAGUAUGUCUUAACUCCAAUUUUGUUCUAAUUUCCCUUGUGAUUUCUCGAUCCAUCGGUUAUUUGAAAUGUAUUGUUUAAUUCCCAAAUAUUAGUGAAUUUUCUAAUUUCCUUCCAUUAUUGACUUCUAAUUUCACUCCACUGGGGUCAGAGAACUUUUAUGAUUUAAAUCCUUUUAAAGUUUAUGAUUUAAAACUAGUAAAUUUAUACUAGUUUUAUACCCUAAAACAUAGCUCAUCCUGAAGAGUGUUCCACAUGCACUGGAGAGGUACAUUAUAAGCCCAUAUGCCUCUAACAACAAUCUACUGUUGUGAUGGAGUGUUCCAUAGUGGUAUGUUAGGGUUGUUCAAGUCUUUUGUUUCCACAUUGAUCUUCUUUCUUGCUACUAUUUAAAUUUUAUUGAAAGUUAAGUGCUAAAAUCUCCAACUAGUACUGUUGAAUUGUGUAUGUCUCCCUUCAAUUCUGUCAGUUUUUGCUUCAUGUAUUUUGGGUCUCUGUUUUUAGAGGCAUAUAGGCUUAUACUUGUUAUAUCUUCUUCUUGAUGGACUGACCCUUUUAGCAUUAUAAAAUGUACCUCUUUGUAUGUAGUCACAAUUUUUAUUUCAAAGUCUGAUUUGUCUCAUAUUAGUACAGUCACUCCAGCUGUCUUUUGGUUACUGUUUACAUGGUAUAUCUUUCCUAUCCUUUUCAACCUAUUUGUGCCUUUUAAUACAAAGUAUCUUCUGUGAAUAAAAUAUAGUUAGAUCGUGGCAGUUUAUCCAUCCUACCAGUCUCCGCAAUGUUGUCUUUUAAUAUAAACUGUAUCUUCUGUGAACAAAACAGAGUUGGAUCAUGGCAGUUUAUCCAUCCCUACCAGUCUCUGCUAUUGAAGUAUUUAAUCCUUUUACAUUUAAUGUGAUUACUAGUAAGGUAGGAUUUAUGUCUGUCACUUUCCUAUUUGUUUUCUAUGUCUUGUCUUUUUUGUUCCUCUAUUAUCCCGUUAUUGCCUCUUUUAUGUUAAACAGAUAUCUUUUAGUAUACUAUUUUAAUUCUCCUGCAAUUUCUUUUACUGUAUUUUUUGUUAUUUUCUUAGUGGUUCUCCUAAUGAUUAUACCUAAAAUCUUAAUCCUUAACUUAGAACAGUCCAGGUAAAAUCCAUACGAACUCAAUUUAAGUUGUGUACAAAACCUUACCCCUAAUAUCUCCACUUCCUCCCCACCUCCUUUGUGGUGUCACUGCGCAUAUUACAGUGUUAUACAUUGUAUGCCCACUAACAUAGAUUUGUAUUUAUUGCUUUAUGCAGUUGUCUUUUAAAUCAUAUAGGAGGGGAAAAAAGAAUUACAAACUA